AUGAUGAGUCAUCCACAUCUUCUGGUCGAAUUGAAGGCGAGUGAACCAGAUAAAAUUCUGGGAAUAUCAGCGAGUCUCGCCUCGCCCACUAUCCUUGGAGUAUUAGCGGACACUGAAAUCUUCGGUCGACACUCCGCAACCGCUGAAAUGGAGGACCAAGGACGGUUACCCCGCAUGCCUAGCGACUCGCUGCAACAGGCACACUUUGAGGGGGAACGUGGGGCACAUGCAUCGCCAGGCGAUUUGUGUCCGGCUGGAGUCGAUGAGGAUAUAUUUUUCGAUUGGGAGGCGUUUUACGGUAAUCAGGCGAUUAAUGCGGGGUUUGCUCAAGAUCGAACAUCUUGGUCAACACUCGACUCUCUGAAUUCUACUGAGCCGUCACCGACACCGUUUCUCGGAGGCGAGGAAGUCUUCAGAGAACCACCUAUAUUCAGUCAACAUGACGCAGUCUUUUCGCAGAACCAGAUGGGGAAUGCGCCUAUACUGCCGUCGAACUUCAAUAAUGUUGCCGAGUGGCUAGACGGGGCGUAUCGGCCGCUAAAGCCGUGCGAUCACUGUCGCAGACAUCGAUUGCAGUGUCUUAUCUUGCGACGGACGCCUGAUAACCCGAACCCAGUACCUUCUUGUUCGAGUUGUGUUGGAUUGUUCCGGCCAUGUAGUUUUGGUCGCGGAGAGAAACGCAAGGCGUCGAGGUUUGAGACGCUUACUCCGGUGAUGGGGCAUCUUCAUGGUCUGCCCGAGGAGGCGGAGGGAAAUGCAUGUCUCAACUCGGAACUGAACACAGGAAGUUUGCAGUUACCCGAGUCUAAGGAGACGAAGCAGUUUGUGAGGAAAGGUGCUCGGGUAUUACGCGACUGGUUCUACCGACACGAAGACUGUCCUUACCCAUCCGAGGAAGAGAAAGCUCGUCUAGCAGAAGAGACGGGUUUCUCAAGACAGCGGAUCUCAACUUGGUUUGCCAAUGCCCGUCGCCGGUAUAAGCAACAACGGCAGGUCGGAUCAUCUGCUCGCGUGUUUCGUGCCGGUUCGCCUAUGCCAACGAGCGAUACAGCCUUGAUGACUCCUAUGGAGCGUUGGCAAGCGUCACCGCCGGAUGAGGAGCCGGUAUCCGAGGCAGCGAUUCAAGAUGCUAUCGCUUCCACAUCGGCGUGCCCGGAGGGUUCACCUCAUCCGAGCCAGUUUGAUUUUGGGGUCUCUUCUGAGGGGUCGUCACUGGCAUCGUCCCGGUCAAGCUUUGGUGUACUAUCCGACACGUCUGAUAGCAGUUCUUCAGCGUGGAGUUAUAAGUCCGGAGAUGGGCCUAUCCGCUCCAGACCAUAUUCUAGACGACCGUCAACGGGUCGACGAGGGCGGAAGCGCAUCUCGGAAGAUGGGCGAUAUCAGUGCACAUUUUGCCUGCAAUCAUUCAAGAAGAAACAUGACUGGUCUAGACAUGAGAAGAGCGUUCAUCUCCCGCUGGAAGUUUGGGUUUGCACACCGAAUCUCGGCGAACUCCAAUCUACACAGGCGCCUUUUGUGGAAUGCAGAUUUUGCGAUCAUCAGGUUCCGACUCCAGAGCACUGGGACACCCAUGACUUCCAAGACUGUGCGACAAAGCCUCUAACAGAACGAUCUUUCAGCCGCAAAGACUAUCUGUGGCAGCACCUUCGAAAAUUCCAUGGAUGUACCCGGUAUCCUGUCCCUGAUCUCGACGCCUGGCGCGCAUCUCAGAGCGAAAUUCAGAGUCGUUGCGGCUUCUGCGCAUCCCUUCUCCCGACCUGGACGGCGCGUGCAGACCACCUGGCGGGUCAUUUCAAAGAAGGCUGGGGCAUGGCACAAUGGGUAGGUGACUGGGGAUUCGAUUCGACUGUGCUAGCAAGGCUGCGAAAUGCUGUUCUCCCGAACCAGCGCGACUUGUUAGAGAUGGCGUCAACAUGA